AUGAAUACUAACAUCCAUCAUAGGGCUAACUUAAGAACUCAAAAGAGACUCGCCGCCAGUGUCAUUGGAGUCGGUAAGAGAAAGGUUUGGCUCGAUCCAAACGAAACCACUGAAAUUGCCAGUGCCAACUCCAGACAAGCCAUCAGAAAAUUAUACAAGAAUGGUACCAUUGUCAAGAAGCCAGAUACCGUCCACUCCAGAUCUAGAGCUAGAGCUCUUAAGGAAUCCAAGUCUCAAGGUAGACACAUGGGUUACGGUAAGAGAAAAGGUACCAAGGAUGCUCGUAUGCCACAACAAGUUUUGUGGAUGAGAAAAUUGAGAGUCUUGAGAAGAUUGUUGGCUAAGUACAGAGAUGCCGGUAAGAUUGACAAGCACUUGUACCACAGCUUAUACAAGGCUGCUAAAGGUAACACUUUUAAGCACAAGAGAGCAUUGGUUGAGCACAUCAUCACCGCCAAGGCCGAAGCCGUUAGGGAGAAGGCAUUGAAGGACGAAGCUGAAGCUAGAAGAGUUAGAAACAGAGCUGCCAGAGAAAGAAGACAACAAAGAAUUGCUGAAAAGAGAGAAGCUUUGUUUGCUGAAGAUGCUUAA